CCUUUUCAGAAGAACCAUGUGGUGCGGGUGGUGUAAGAGCUCUGCUAGGACAGACUGCAUAUUUGGGAUACAGCCCAGCUGUUGAAUUGAGAUAUGUGGCUCAUUUCUAGGCUCAGAUUUUUCUGCAGCCCUGCUGUAUAUUUCUUCAGCUGACUUUCUUCUGGUGGAAAGGAAAGACAGAAGGUUUUAGCACAAAAGCUGAAGUCUUGCUUUGUGACCCUGUUAGAUCAGCCUGGGUUGCUAUAAAUGGCCUAAUAAUGCACUGCUAGUAGAGUUACUGUAGCAGCAUGGGGCAUCUCUAGGUGCAAACUUCACUGAAACACUGAGAAAUUUGUUCAGAUAGCAAAUCUUGCCUGAACCAGGCAACACUACAGCCCUUCUGGCUCACUCUCUGCAUCAAGGAAGAGGAAGCUGUGCUGUAUCUGCAAGUGUGGAGCUAUGCAGGAAAGGGCUAACAGGAAAGGGCCACUGUUUACUGAAUUGCUUUUCAGUGGAGCAGAGAAAUAGGACAGAAUAGAAAGCAUACGCGGUUUGUGGCAGGAUUACAAGGUAGUGUGCUAGUAUUAGCAAAAAAAGGUGGCUCAGGAGGUCUGCCUCUUCUGUGCCUUAUCUCUAAACUGCAGGUGGAAAUCCCUGAGUCAUUAUCAGUUUGUAAGUUAGGCUUUUCCUGCCUGGUCUAUUUAGUGUUCUGGGUAUAACAUGCUGGAAUGUGUAAGUCACUUUUGUGUCCAUUUUUGGGUCUUGGAGGCAGCUGUUCCUCUGCUGGUGCCUUGCUUGUUACUCAGUUGCAGGUUGAACUACAGGCCCUUUCUUUGGGGCAGUGCUGCCUCCUGGAUUUCCCUCUUGGCCAUACCAGUCCUGCUCCAUUUCCUAAACAUUGCCUUUUGCUCUAGGCUCUCUGAGCUGGGCUGUUCUUUGCUGACAGAAGUAAAACUCUCAGGAUGGACUCAUACCUGAUCCAAGUGAAUGGCCAUGGAGACCAUGCCCCUAUGCUGGAUGUUCAUCUCAAGAACACUGGGAACACCAUAUCACCAGGGAAGGUGAAGGGUCGGAAGCCAAGAUGGGCUGUCAGAGCUUCUGAAAUGUCAAAGAAGACUUUCAAUCCUGUCCGAGCCAUUGUAGACAGCAUGAAGGUGGAACCCAACCCAAAGAAAGCCAUGAUCUCCUUGUCCUUAGGAGACCCGACGGUCUUUGGAAACCUUCCCACAAAUGAUGAGGUCACACGGGCUGUGAAGGAGGUUUUGGACUCAGGACAGUACAAUGGUUAUGCUCCAUCUGUUGGCUACCAGUCCUGCCGGGAAGCUGUGGCUGCAUAUUACAACUGCCCGGAGGCACCACUGAAGGCCCAGGAUGUCAUCUUAACAAGCGGCUGCAGCCAGGCCAUAGAGCUUGCAUUGGCAGUGCUGGCCAACCCAGGCCAGAACAUCCUGGUGCCACGGCCUGGCUUCUCCCUCUACAAGACUCUGGCAUUGUCUAUGGGAAUAGAGGUCAAACUCUAUAAUCUCUUGCCAGAGAAAGCUUGGGAAAUUGAUUUGGAGCACUUGGAGUCUUUGGUGGAUGAGAAAACAGCUUGCCUAAUUGUGAACAACCCAUCGAACCCCUGUGGCUCUGUGUUCAGCAGGAGCCACCUCCAGGAGAUCCUGGCAGUGGCAUCAAGACAGUGUGUGCCCAUCCUGGCUGAUGAGAUCUACGGAGACAUGGUAUUCGCUGACUGCAAGUAUGAGCCCAUUGCAACUCUCAGCACCAAUGUACCAAUCUUGUCCUGCGGUGGCUUGGCAAAGCGAUGGCUAGUCCCUGGCUGGCGGAUGGGCUGGAUCCUAAUUCAUGACAGGAGAGACAUCUUUGGUAAUGAGAUCAGGGAUGGCCUUCUAAGACUGAGUCAAAGGAUCCUAGGACCCUGUACAAUUGUCCAAGGAGCACUGGAGCGUAUCUUGCACCGAACGCCACCUGAGUUCUACCACAACACCCUAAGCAUCCUCAAGUCUAAUGCUGACCUUUGUUAUGCUGCCUUAUCAGCUAUCCCUGGCCUUCAGCCUGUCAGGCCUGCUGGAGCUAUGUACCUGAUGGUUGAGAUAGAGAUGGAGCAUUUUCCGGAGUUUGAAAAUGAUGUGGAGUUCACUGAGCGACUCAUCUCGGAGCAGUCUGUGUUCUGCUUGCCAGCCACGUGCUUUGAGUACCCAAACUUCUUCCGUGUAGUGAUCACUGUACCUGAGGAGAUGAUCUUGGAGGCCUGCAGUCGCAUUCAGGAGUUCUGUGAGAUGCACUACCAGGGUGCUGAGGGGGCCCAGGAUCUGGAGUGUGACAAGUAGCUACAGCUGGCCCUCUGCCUCUGUCAGGCUAGACCUUGUAUGAGGCAGCAGCUGGGCAGGCAAGGCUGCUUCCAACCAGUCCCACCUCUCCCUGCCUGUAAGCAGCCACUGUCCUGCUGCUUCACUUUUUGUGCUCCAUAGACUCCUCAGUAUUAUGGAAAGAAGAGGACACUUCUCUCUCCUCCUCCACUAGAGCUUGCACAUCCUCUUGCUUCCAGUCCCCCAUGUCUCUGUAGAAUCAGCAUCUGUGCCCUGUGUUGGUCUGUGCUACCUGUGAACCAGCUGCACUCCGGGGCAGAAGGUUGUUCCUGGGUUGGGCCCUGUGGCAAAGGCCCUGUUGGCCUGUGGUUCCUGUGCUGGGCACACUUCCCCUUGGGGACAGGAGAAGGCUGCUGUCUUGAAGGAUAAGAGAAAAGUACCCAUCUCUCACUUCCCUGUGUUACCUUAGGAUGCCAGAGCUCUUUAUACUGAGCCCUUUGUGUGAUAAAGGGAGUAAGUUAUUGUAACUUUUUUAUUAAUAAAAAUUCUGACAUGGCA